AUGGCCAAGUUUAAUCCUCCCGCAAACUUUUCCUUCGAGAAGCCAACAGAGUGGCCAGAUUGGAAGCAACGGUUUGAGCGGUACAGGAUUGCGACAAAACUAGACAAAGACGAUGGGAAAGUGCAGGUGAGCUGCCUUAUCUAUGCAAUGGGCGCUGAAGCCGAGAACAUUUUCAAGUCAUUCACGUUCGCUGCAGUCGAGGACCGUGAUAAAAUAGAGAUUGUAAUGGCAAAAUAUGACGAGUAUUUUUUUCCGCGGAGGAACGUGAUACAUGAGAGAGCAUGUUUUCACCAGCGCGUCCAACGGCCAGGCGAAAAGGCAGAGAGUUUCAUACGAGCAUUUUAUGAGCUCUCAGAGCAUUGUGAAUUUGGAGUUACCAGGGAAGAGCACAUCCGUGACCGCAUCGUUGUCGGGAUCAUGGACAAGGAACUUUCCCGCAAACUCCAGCUCAUGUCGGACCUUACGUUAACGCUCACGAUACAAAAUGUGAGACAAUCAGAGGAGGUCGCGGCUCAAGUAUGCCUGCAGGGAGACACAACAGCAGCGCGGAAAACGCUAGAGACGCUGGAGGGUCUGGAGGGAGUCGAGGUCUUCAUGGAUGACAUCCUGGUGUAUGGAGUCACAAUGGAGGAACACGACGCUCGUCUAAACAAAGUCAUGCGUCGCAUUGAAUCAACUGGCCUAAAGCUCAGCAAAGAAAAGUGCUCCCUGAGACAAAGCCAGCUGAGAUUCCUGGGUCAUCUGAUUGACCGUUCCGGGGAUCAAUCACAGAAGUUUAGAGACAUGUGUGACGAGGCCACCCGUCGUGUAGUGGCUCAGAUCCCGCUGCUGAAGACCCCGGCGGGCCCUCGGGAGCCGGCACUGUGGCCCUCCCGCCUGAAGGAGGAGUAUGGAGCUCUGAUCAGAGCCGUGGAGCUGAACAAGGCCUCAGACUCAGACUGGUUUAGACUUGAAUCCAACUCUGACGGAACCAAGUGGAGCGGGGUCUGUUGGGUCAUCCACGAACUACUGAAGUACGAGCUGCAGCUGGAGGUGCAGCUCACCGUCACGUACCCUACCACGGCCCCUGACCUGGUGCUGCCGCAGCUCGAGGGGAAGACGGCGAAGAUGUAUUCUGGAGGAAAGAUCUGUCUGACGGAGCACUUCCACCCUCUGUGGGCGCGCAACCAGCCGCGCUUCGGGAUCGCACACGCUCUGGCCCUCGGCCUGGGGCCCUGGCUCGCUGUGGAGGACCCCCGAGGGCCCCUGAGACCUGAGAGAGAAGUCCACAACUACCACAAAAUACUCCUCCUACUGUGUCACAGGGGACUCAGAGAAGUCUGCUCCAUCUCAGUGUUUCCUCGAGAUCAGCAGGAGGUGGAGAUCAGGUGA